GCAUACUCGGUCGCCAUUUCCUGUACUGCAGGACAUACAACAUUUAGCCAUGUGACUGAAGGAAAGCAGCGUGUUUAAUGUGAUGUAGGGGAGAGAAAAGACUGAACAUAACAACAAAAUAGCAAGCAUGCUAGCUUAUCAGUAAUUACUGCGUAGUUCAGUGUCCAAACUGUGAGUUUAGCGAGUGCUGUCCAUUCUGUGUUCAUGCAGUUAUCUACAUUUAAGGAAAACAUUGGUGCUAACUUUCCAAGGCCAGUACUACAGUUACUGUAGCUAUAUGUAGGUGCUUCGACAACACGUACAUCGAAACAAAAAGCCAGUACCUCGCUGAAGGGAUCUAUUGCAUUUAGUUUGAGGCCAGUAUUUCUUAGAGCAGCUGAAGCAACACUAAAACAGAUUUAACAGAUUCUCAUUAUUUUUAUUAGUAUACAUAUUUUUUAUAACUUUGUUUUCAAGUUAAUAUGAGUGGUUCUGACUCAGACAUGCCAGGCCUAGUGGACGCAUCGGACAGUGAGGAGGAGAGCCUGAGGCACAAGGCCAGAUCCAAUGAAGAGGCAGCAAAAAUGUGGUUCAAGAGGUUGAUGAAAGGCAAGAAUGCAGAGAAGCAAGAGCGGGUGGUGAAGGUUUACAUGCUGAGCCCUUUCUUGUUUGGGCAAAAAUUCCAUCAACCAGAAAAAUGGCUGAACUGGGCCAAGUGUGCAGGACUGUUGCUCAGUUCGUGUUAUACAGAGGCAAGGGUAGAGGCAUUACAGCAAGAGGAGAUGGAAAAUAUUGAGUUGCUGGAGAAAGUGUUUGAUGUCCUUAUUUCCCAUUUGAAGGAUGCCUCCUGCCUGUGUGUCAUAAUGAACCUGGUGGAGACAUGUGACAAGGUGGACAUGUGGGAGAAAGCUGUUAAAGCAUACGACAAGUUCAUUGAUAACCAGAGCAUGUUCAAGACCAUUAAGAAAGAAUUACCAGGCAGAAACCGAAAAGUCAAGUUCAGUUUCCUUUUUGCAUGUCGUCAGUACUCGAAUCAUGUUGUGAAUCUAACCUUCCUGGGUAAAGAUAUGUUGGAGAAAUUUGAAGAGGAAUACAGAGCUGAUGAAAAGAAAAGCAAAGAUACUAAAAAUCUUGGUAAUUUAGCUUUCUCCAUGGGCAAAUUCAAGGGUGCAAUUGCACAUUACACCAAAGGUAUAGCAGUCAGCCCCUACAGUCACAUUUUAUAUGGAAACCGUGCUCAAGCCUAUCUCAAGACUCAACAAUAUAGGAUAAAGCUAGAAGAGAAGAAGAGAGGAAGAAGAAAGAGAAAAAGAAGAAGAAAAAGGAAGAAGAGCAGAAGAAAAAGGAAGAAUCCAGAAGGAAGAAAAGGACCAAGAGAGGGGACAAGAACAAGACUGAAAACCAGGAUGGAGCAAAUCCCCCUAUGCAGCAGCCACCAAAAUCGCCAGAAGAUGUGCUUCGAGAUGAUUUUCAGUUUCUACAGAAGCAAGGCACCACUGCCCUGAUGGACGAAAGAAGUCGCCACGCCCUCCACGACUUUCAGAAAUGUUUGGAGAUGGUGCAUGACCAUGGGUCAAAGACAUUUUUACUGGAAGAAAUAGAUUUGGCCUUGUUGAAGUACAGUUAUGCCACAGCGUGUAUAGAAACAGGCACAUACAAGGAGAUCUUAGAAGGGAUAGACAUGUAUAACAGCAUUCUCAAGGACCACCCCAGUUGUAGGUUUGUUUUGGCAUACCUUGGUUUGGGAAAGGCACACAUCAAACUCAACAGGUAUUCUGAAGCCUUAGACCCACUGGGCAAGGGACUGGAAAUGUCCACCAAGGUCUCAAUGCAGAGCCUGACCUGGCCUGGAACCCCACUGAAGAUUAACAACUCCAACAGAGCCAACAUUCAGAAAGAGUUUGAGAACUUGAUUCAGUUGUGCAGAAACCCCCCACAGCCAGAUGCAAUCUGUCGAUACAAGAACUGUGAUGAUCACAAGAUACACAUCUAUUUCUCCGAUCCAGAUUUUAAGGGAAUUGUGCGGGCUUUAUGUCUUGAUAAGUGUCAGACAGACUUCCACAUCAAUUGUUGGAAGAGUCUUAAAACAGAAUUGUCUCAGUCAGAUAAGGAUUUUAUCAAGAUGGCCUGUUUCACACCUGACUGUGAAGGGGUUUUGACUGAGGUACAGUUCUUUGAUGAAGAUGGACUUAAAAAGAAAGAACUUAUGAUAGAAGAAGAAGAUCUCAAUCGAAUAAAGGAAAGUAGGCAUGGGGGAAAGGGCAAGAAAAUGAACCCUUCGUCAUUAAGCCAGGAAGUGAAUAGCAAAAAGAAACCUAGCAAAAAAGAGCUGCGAAAGCAAAAGAGACAAGAUUUAUCAAAGAAGUUGGAAGACGUACAGGAGGGAAGUACAAGUGCAAAAGUUAGCCCACGUGAAAGCAAGGACUUGAAUUCUGAUAAUUCCAUAAUGCAAGAGUUGGAGAUGUUGGAGAAAAAAGCAGAACAUAUUCACAAGACAUCUAAACCUAGUAGUGCCACCAGUACUCCAAGACAGGAAGAAAACAAGUUGGAUUUUGCUGGAAAGCUUCCAGCGCAGGGAAGUGGAACAGUAACGCCACCUGUGGGAGAUGUUAAACUUACAAUGCUGAAGAGAGAAGAUGAGGAUGAGAGGGAAGAAAUCACAUAUAAGGCCUUUAAACAACAGAAGCAUAAACAGAAAAAGAAAAAGGAGAAAAAGGUGAUGAGUUUGGAUGAGUUUCAUGAGACUUCUACAACUAUGUCUGCGGAUGUUCCUGACCCAGAUAUAGAUGGCACUGUAGACAGACAGAUGCCAACAAAGUCUUUGACAAUUGGAGGACUUGAGGAUAUUGAUGAUUUUGAAGUUUGCAGUGUGUCCAGCAGCAAUUACUCUGAGACGUUGGACAUGGACAGGCCAUUUCAGCCCCCAGAGCACCUGCGUGAUCAAAUUGAGGCGUUUGAAAAUUCUCGUACCACGGCGAAAUAUGCCAGUGCAGCCGAGGCAGUCAAGGCUAACAUAGGGGGAGUUGUGGGAGGAAACCAGAAACCCAAAGAUGAGGAUUAUAUACCACCAGAACUGAUCCCUAUUAGGGAAUUUAUGUACUCUUUCUUUGAAGAAACCCUGAAGGUAAGUGGUCCCAUCCAUAUAGAGGAUGAGAGGAUCACAGGAGAAAUCAGAAACUUUCCUGAUGAAGCCGUGUACCUUAUUAAAAAAGCUGGACACUUGCGUGACUUCUUGUUGAAAAGCUUCAAGUUUGCAGUUAUUGGAGAUUAUGUGUGUUUGAUGAGAGAUGCAGUGCAUGCCAGAGAAAUGUGGGAGAAAGAUCGGCAGCGUUUAGGACUGUCAGUUGGAGUCAAUUCAAUGCGAGGCUCUCUUGCGGAGUUGGCGCAGUCUGCCCUCAGAGACAGAGCCAUGUCACCUAGAACUCUGGAUUCUUAUUCGAAAGCAGAUUUGACUGAUUUAUCGGCAGCAGACUUCCCAAGUUUGUAUGACGCAAAGAGUGUUGAAGUCUCAAAUUCAAAUGAGGCUGUUCAGAAUGUGUAUGGAGAUCCUGUGACCCUAAGUUCUAUAGCAACUUGUGUGGGAUCCACUUCUGUUGUGACUCCAAAUGGAGAAAAUUUGGAAAGGGGAAGGAACUCACCAGCCCUGAUUUCAAAAGGGAAUAAUAAUAUAGAAAAUGAAAUGUUGAAAAAACCUGAAAGUGAUAGUGAAAGUGACACAAAGAGGCAAAAAAAUAUUCAAGGAGGACCACAAAAUAUUUCUGGAAAUGCAAAAAGUACAGAAACGGGAAAUGAAUUAUCAUCUAUUGCAGAUGAAUUUAGACGGAAAGUGCACAGUUUGGUUGGAGAAUUGCGUGACAAAGGAACAUGUAGCAAGGAUCCAUCAUCUGAAAAUGAUGGAAAAGAUUCUGAGGUUAAAAAACCAGCUUUUAUAGCUGAAAUGAAAAUUGCUGAUGCUGACGCUAGAAGCCGAAGUUUGAGUCCGUCAGUGUUAGCACGUGGUACAAAAACUCCAGAGUUUCAUAUUUCUAUAUCAAACAAGGCAAAAAAUAUCAAUAUUUCACAAAACGCAAUUGCUCAAAAUUCAGAGCCGAACAGAUCUUUGACACCAAAAGAUUUACCAGGUGGUAUGAGACAAGUUUCUGGACAUUCAUCGUCACUGCCUGCCACACCCAGUCACAUGAGCAGCUGGCCGAAUUAUUUGGACGGUGUGCCUCAUGAAGCGAAAGCGUUGAAUAACGGUGGACAAAUGGAGGCUGUUGGGCCUCCAGGAUUGAAAAUAAAACCAAUUGGUUCUGAAAAAAAAAUGAAAAAAGACGCCCAGAAUGGCGGGACAUUUCAGAGAGCUGUUGGAAGUUUAAACACUGGCGGACGAAGCAUGGCAGAAGUUGGGCACAGUCCUGAGAAUCCUGCUUUUCCAGUGACCACAUCGACUCUCUCUGAGUUUUCACCAUUUCAAGGCAGUUCUGACUCUCCAAACCUGUUCUUGCCAAGCAGAAGAGGUGACAGGGAGUCCCCAGAUGUGCCUGGAAGAAACGUGGGACCACCCCAAAGAGAAAAAAUGAUAACAAGCAGGGAAAGCAAGAUCGCAGCCCUUGUUGGAAGUUCUGGGUUCGACACAGAUCCCCUGAAAAUAGUGAGCAGCAUCCUUGGAGAUGAUGCCAACGAGGAGGAGAAUGCACCUAAAACACAAGAAAACCCUCCCCUGGCAAUAUACCCAAGGAAUUAUAAUAUGGAACCCCCAAUUGUGCACCCGUUGGCACAGUCUCCCAAACUUAAUCAACAACCGACAACUCCAAUUCAUCAGCUCCCACGACCCCCAGGGGGUUACGUCAGCAUGCACCCCCCUUUGAAGCAUGGUACCCUGCAGGGUAUUGGGAGCACUGCAGCAGAGUCUGCCAGAGGGAGCACUGGAAUUUCUGGACCAAAAGUGGCUGAAGUGGCAGUGCAGACGGAGCCGUGGGAAGAGUACGAAGGUCUGAGGCAGGAGCACGUGCUGCUGGAGACGACCUGUCAGGAGCUGAAGGACAAGUACAAACAGCUGCAGAACUCCAACAGUGCCGACAUGAAGAGGUUGCAGGAGAAAGUGGAGGAGUUGGAGGAGGAGAUGAAGAAUGUGAAUGAUGAAAACAAAAAGUUAACAAAGUCACAUGAAAACGAAGUCAAAAAAUGGGCCCAGGAAAAGAAAGGAUAUUUAGAGGAGCUGAAGGCUUUAAAGCAACAGAUUGCUACACUGAAACUUUCUGAGCAAGAAUUUAUUGAACAAAUAUCAGCAAGAGACCAGAAAGUGUUGGAACUCUACCAACAGAUUAACUCUGAUCGCGACAAAUCCAACACAGAUAGACUUAAAACACAUGAACAGCUGGAGGUCCUCUCAAGUCAAGUGAAUAAAGAAAGGACCAGGGCCCAGCUGGCUGAGGUCCAAGUACUGAGGGUAAAACAAGAAGUGGGAACAGACUUUUUGUCCAGGAGUUUAAGAGAUGCACAGCUGUAUCUUACUUACCUUGGAAAAGGAAUUCAGAAGUUACAGGAUGAGCACCACCCAGUCCCCCCUCCACUGCAGACUUCUUAUGAACAGUGGGAAGCUAUGGUGAAGAAAUUACAGGAACUUAUAAACCAGUCAUUGAAUGAAUUUCAAGAACAAAUCAAGAUGGUAGAAAGUGGCAGAGAACUGGCAUCUCUGCCUGAAUUACAAAUCCCCAAACCACCCCCUGCCCCGCCCAUGAUGCCAGGGAUGAAUCUUACCCCUGGUAUGUUAUCACAAAUGGGUGGACCCCCCUCGAUGUAUCCACCAUUAGUGCCACCUUCACGACCAAUAGCCCGUCCUCCAAAUUUGACAGCAACAGCAGCGGCAGCACCCCAGACUGUGACCCCAGGGUUUCCAACACCUUCCCUGGGCUCUGCAUCUCUUGGGAGUUUUCCCCAGCAGCCGCAGCUGCCCCCUGGACUACAACAGGGACAGCAGGUGGCGCCACUCACAGCAACAACAACAACACCCCCGCCACUAGGUCUGCCACCUGCCCGACCUGUGCCAAAUUUGCCGGGAGCAGUGCCACCUGUUGGGACAGUGCCACAAGCACCUCAGCGCCCCAUAGGCAGUGGGACACCCAGGAAUAGCUUUGAGAAGAUCAUGCUGACUCUGACGUCCAUGUUUCCUCAGAUCUCCAGGACUGAAAUCACCCAAAAGAUCCAAGAUCUUCGGGAAUCUCGUGGAGGGUCAUUGUCAGGGAUGGCAUUAGAGGAGAUCAUUCACAGCACUGCCUCUAUGAUUCUACAGAACCAGGGGAAACCCAUGCCAAAUCAGAUGUCCCGUCCAACUCUUCCCCCUGGUUUCAGCUACGGUAACCAAGGCAACAGCAGCAGCAGCAGUAGUGUUGUUAGUAAUAUCCCCCAAGUUUCCCCCUCCCUCCCCACCCUGGGGUCAGAGGACAACUCCCAGGAGUUGUUUGAGGAGGAAGUGGACCCCUGUAUAAUCUGUCACGAGGAACUGACCCCCGCCACCACCGCCAGACUGGACUGUAAACACCGCUUUCAUAGGACGUGCAUCAGCAAGUGGUUCCGAGAGCAGAGCACCUGCCCCACCUGUAGAGUGCAUGCUCUGCUGCCAGAGGACUUCCCUAACCUCAAGUAGACUGACCACUGGUCACUGGGAUACAAGGGGGAACUGGUCAAGUUCACACCGACACUGUGUCUGUUUCAUUUGGUUUGGGUCCGAGUCUGGUUUUCGUGAAGAACGGAUUUAUUAAUAGCCAGCAGCUGUCACUUUGGUGGCUGUAUAUUGCUUUAGUGGAGAAUGCGUUAGUUGUGACAAUUAUGAAGACUGCUAAGUUGAUGCACAAUGGGCAAUUGAGCUGUAGAAUCCAAAAUUUUAUGGCAUUAUAUCAAAAUGAUAGCAAGCGCUGUCCAAAUAUUGGAAAUGAACUGCGUUGAGUUAUGUUACUUCGUUGUUUAUUUUUGCUGGCUGAUAUAUAAGUAGCGGCUUAAGAUGGGAUUCGCUCUGAACGGUUCGAGAACAAUGCCAUAGAUGUGCGUUUUUUUAACUUUUAUAUUUUACAAGGAUUCUAAAACUAUAAUUUUGUUAUGGUCAUAUCUUGUCUAAGAACUGCUACGAAUCUUAUAAGUACAGUUUACAUUUCAGCGCUGAAUCAUUACACAUUAUCAAUUCAGAGAAGCGUUAUAAAACAAUAGUAUGCAUAUGUAUCGCUACCAGUUCUGUACGUCCCUUUGUGUGCCCAAUUUUAAUUUUUUGAAAAAUCUUAUUUGGACGAAUUUGUGUUUUGUAUAUGUUACUUCACGUUUUCGCUAUUUUAUAUGCAAUAAAGGUUUUGAGAGUGAUUA